CCCGGGAGGCGCACAACGUCGCCAUGUUAGUUUGCGGUUGAUAUCAGUAAACAGAGAGAGGACAUUAACCGUCCAUUUAAAGGUUGUGUUUGUGUUUCUGGACUGUACAGCCCCUGAAGCUGACAUCAUGAGGAGGGUGAGGAGGAGGAAGAGGAAGGCGGUGCAGUCCGUCCUCUGAUCUCCGUCCGUCUGUAUGGAGGAUGUGGUUCUGCACUACCAGCCUGGAUCAGCUGCUGGACUCAGCUCUCUGCUGGAGAGGACGGAGAAGCUUCUGGAGCCGUUCCCCUGCCGGACUCUUCCGGUCUUCACGCCCUGGUUCCCGUCCGCCGCCGACCGCCACCCGCCCAUCAGACCCGCCAAACCGGCUCCCGUCAUCAGCUGCUCGGGGGAUCUACCGCGCACUGACACAGACCUGAACACGCUACAGAGACCUGAACCUGUAGCUGAGAGACCUCAUGAGACGACCAGAACUCCACAGAAACGCAAACGUGACGUCUCAGAAACCCCGACCCAUCCCCCCCCGGCGUCGCUCUUUAACAAACCGGAGAGCGAGAUCAGCAGGUCGUCUCCUGACAGACACAAAGAUGGCGGUCCCGUCACAGACUCCCCGAUCAAGCGGUCCUGGAGCGUCUUCACACAGAAAGGAGUUCUGCUGCAGAGCGCCCAGUCGCUGUCCAAACAGUUCCAUCACGUGGUGUCGGUCCACAAGCUCCACCUCCGCCAGAGGGUCAAAUGGGUCAUCAGUCAGCACCACUGUGGGCCGGCCAGGGACAUCGAGCAGGUGUGGCAGACUCUGAGCCGGUCCAUCCGGUGCUCCAGGUUGCCGACGUGCAACGCCAACAUCCAGAGGGAGCGGGCGGAGAUCUGGGUGUUCUGUGACGUUCUGCACUGCGAGCAGGCGGGGCGGUUCCUGAAGGACGAGCUGCGGCUGUCGGGGAGGAUCGGCCUGUCUGCUCACAGGCUGGGAAACAUCUUCAGCAUGUAGACGGACUGUACAGAUGUGUUUACAGCUCCAGAUGUUUGGAUCACACUAAGAUUUACACUUCAUCUUCAUUGUGUAAGAGACCUUUUUCACAGCAGCAGCAUUCGACACCGAUGACACCGCAGUGUAGUGUAUUGGCAGCGCUCUCAGGGGUCACAUGAUUAACAGAAAGAAAAUACACUGCAGCAGACGGAGCCUUAAUUAGUAUCACUGUGUUUACCCUACUGUUUCAUGUCAAAAUAGCUGCUGUAAAAAAGGUCUUUUUACUCGAUAUUUUACCCCAGUUCCAUCAGAUUCCCAUUAAAUAGACUGUGUUCUGACUACUGGGCUGUAUACUGGUACCAUAAGGAAUACCAGGAUGUGUACGAUGUUUACAUGUGCGACACAUAACCAGGAUACUGGAGCUGAUGUAAACACACUCAGUUAUCAGUUUUUAUUAGUUAGAGAGCCGGAGGGGGAGACAGGAAGAGGGGGAUGGGCACACAAACAUAUGGAAUAAUAAUGUGUGUCUGAUAUACAACCCUUAAUAAGGCAUCUUCUCCUUCUACCUCCUUUUAAAAAUGCCAGACUCUAUGAAAUAUGCAGAAACAAUCCUCAAGUGCAGAACUUCAUGAAUAUUUUAUAUAAAUCUACUUCAUUAAAUAACAACUGAGGGGGGGUUGAACCCUGGAGCAGAACGCCACUCUAUAUUGUAUAUUUAUGAAUUUAACAGAUUGUAUUUUUCAUACUGAUGGUGUCGGCGCUCUCUGGUGUAAAUAAAGGUUUGAUAUUGUGUUUAA